GGCUGGAUUCUCUGCGCGCCAGCCCGGGGGCCUGAUCCAUGGCCCUCGCGACUUCGCGCCGGUGUCUGGUGGACUAAGAGAUGCGCCCCCGGUCCGAGUGGCACACACGCGCGCACACACGCACGCGCGGUCCCGGCUCGCCGGCAGCUCCCUGCUCAACGCACAUCAGCCUCAACUCCGCGCCCAGGGCGAGCGGGAGCGGGUGCGGGUGAGUGCGCCCCGGGCCCGCGAGGGUGCGCGCUCGGCGGCGGGAGCGCGGCCGGCCACCGGCUCGGCAGGCAGCAGGCCGGGAGCCGCCGGGACUUCGGGCCGGGGCGCGGGGCGGCCGCGGCGGCGGAGAUCCUGAGGGAAGAGGGGAACAAAUCCCAUCCUCACGGUUCCACCUCAGCCUCUGCAUCCAGGAAGAAGCAAAGGACCAGCACGCCACGCCAAUGGCACCCCCUGGCCUGCCUCUAUGGCUGCUGUCCACCGCUCUCCUCUCCCUGCUGGCUGGCAGCUCGGCCUUCCUUUCCCAUCCCCGCCUGAAGGGCCGUUUCCAGAGGGACCGCAGGAACAUCCGGCCCAACAUCAUCUUGGUGCUCACGGAUGACCAGGACGUGGAGCUGGGCUCCAUGCAGGUGAUGAACAAGACAAGACGGAUCAUGGAGCAGGGCGGGGCGCACUUCAUCAAUGCCUUUGUGACUACACCAAUGUGCUGUCCAUCUCGCUCCUCCAUCCUCACCGGCAAGUACGUCCACAAUCACAACACCUACACCAACAACGAGAACUGUUCCUCGCCCUCCUGGCAGGCCCAGCACGAGAGCCGCACCUUCGCUGUGUAUCUCAACAGCACAGGCUACCGGACAGCUUUCUUCGGAAAAUACCUCAAUGAAUACAACGGCUCGUAUGUGCCGCCCGGCUGGAAGGAGUGGGUCGGGCUCCUUAAGAACUCCCGUUUUUAUAACUACACACUCUGCCGGAAUGGGGUGAAGGAGAAACAUGGCUCGGACUACUCCACGGAUUAUCUCACGGAUCUCAUCACCAAUGACAGUGUGAGCUUCUUCCGAACAUCCAAGAAGAUGUACCCACACAGGCCUGUGCUCAUGGUCAUCAGCCACGCGGCUCCCCACGGCCCCGAGGACUCGGCACCCCAGUACUCACGCCUCUUCCCCAAUGCGUCCCAGCACAUCACACCAAGUUACAACUAUGCACCCAACCCAGACAAGCAUUGGAUCAUGCGCUACACGGGACCCAUGAAGCCCAUUCACAUGGAAUUCACCAACAUGCUACAACGCAAACGCCUACAGACCCUCAUGUCUGUGGACGACUCCAUGGAGACGAUCUAUGACAUGCUGGUGGAGACGGGGGAACUGGACAACACCUACAUCGUGUACACCGCUGACCACGGCUACCACAUUGGCCAGUUUGGGCUAGUGAAGGGCAAGUCCAUGCCGUAUGAAUUCGACAUCAGAGUCCCGUUCUACGUGAGGGGCCCCAACGUGGAAGCUGGCUCUCUGAACCCCCACAUCGUCCUCAACAUUGACCUGGCCCCCACCAUACUGGAUAUCGCUGGGCUGGACAUCCCUGCAGACAUGGACGGGAAGUCCAUUCUCAAACUACUGGACUCAGAGCGGCCAGUGAACCGGUUCCACUUGAAAAAGAAGCUGAGGGUCUGGCGAGACUCCUUCCUGGUGGAGAGAGGCAAACUGCUCCACAAGAGGGAGGGCGACAAAGUGAAUGCCCAGGAGGAGAACUUCCUGCCCAAGUACCAGCGCGUGAAGGACCUGUGUCAGCGAGCUGAGUACCAGACAGCGUGCGAACAGCUGGGGCAGAAGUGGCAGUGUGUGGAGGACGCUUCCGGGACGCUGAAGCUACACAAGUGUAAAGGCCCCAUGAGGUUCGGAGGCGGCGGUGGCGGUGGUGGCAGAGCCCUCUCCAACCUGGUGCCCAAGUAUGAUGGCCAGAGCAGCGAGGCCUGCAGCUGUGACAGCGGCGGCGGUGGCGGAGGGGACUACAAACUAGGCCUGGCUGGACGCCGUAAGCUCUUUAAGAAAAAGUACAAGACCAGCUAUGCCCGGAACCGCUCCAUCCGUUCCGUGGCCAUCGAGGUGGACGGCGAGAUAUACCACGUAGGCUUGGAUACCGUGCCUCAGCCCCGCAACCUUACUAAGCGGCACUGGCCAGGGGCCCCCGAAGACCAAGAUGACAAGGAUGGUGGCAGUUUCAGUGGUACUGGUGGCCUUCCGGAUUAUUCUGCCCCCAAUCCCAUUAAAGUGACCCAUCGGUGCUACAUCCUUGAGAAUGACACGGUCCAGUGCGACUUGGACCUGUACAAGUCCCUGCAGGCUUGGAAGGACCACAAGCUCCACAUCGACCAUGAGAUCGAAACCCUGCAGAACAAAAUUAAGAACCUUCGGGAAGUCAGGGGUCACCUGAAGAAGAAGCGACCAGAAGAAUGUGACUGCCAUAAAAUCAGUUACCACAGCCAACACAAAGGCCGACUCAAGCACAAGGGCUCCAGCCUGCACCCUUUCAGGAAGGGUCUGCAGGAGAAGGACAAGGUGUGGCUGCUGCGGGAGCAGAAACGCAAGAAGAAACUGCGCAAGCUGCUCAAACGGCUGCAGAACAACGAUACGUGCAGCAUGCCCGGCCUCACGUGCUUUACCCACGACAACCACCACUGGCAGACGGCGCCGCUCUGGACCCUGGGGCCCUUCUGCGCCUGCACCAGCGCCAACAAUAACACGUACUGGUGCUUGAGGACCAUCAACGAGACCCACAACUUCCUCUUCUGUGAAUUUGCAACCGGCUUCAUAGAAUACUUUGACCUCAGUACAGACCCCUACCAGCUGAUGAACGCGGUGAACACACUGGACAGGGACAUCCUCAACCAACUGCAUGUGCAGCUCAUGGAGCUAAGGAGCUGUAAAGGCUAUAAGCAGUGUAACCCCCGGACCCGCAACAUGGACCUGGGGCUUAGAGACGGAGGAAGCUAUGAACAAUACAGGCAGUUUCAGCGUCGAAAAUGGCCAGAAAUGAAGAGACCGUCUUCCAAAUCACUGGGACAGCUAUGGGAAGGCUGGGAAGGCUAAGCGGCCCUAGAGAGGAACCUCCAAAACCAGGGGCCUCGAGUGGCUGCCCAGGCCAUGCAAAGAAAAAAAAAAAAAAACACCCGAUUCCCAGAAGACGAAUGUCGGAACUGGGAGACCUGACAGGAGGCAGGGCCUGCUCUUGGGACAGGAAAUCCUGGAGGACAACGCCCCGAUUUCUUGAUGCUCAGUUGCUUUGCCCUGCUUUGCUCUGGAUCGAACCUCACCAGGCUGCUCUGGGAUGCGUGCUCACACCUGGAGUCUCUGCUCACCCUUUCAGAGGCUCACAAAGACCAAGGAACUAAUUUCCAUGGACACUUCCUCCAGAGAUGGAAAUUGCUGGGACUCGCCCACUCCAUCCCCCCCCCCCACGCACCCCUCCCCCUAGUCCUGUAGGGAAGCAAGCUUGUUUUAACCUUACUCUUUGGAGAAAGCACGGACAUCCCAGGUGCUGUCCACCUCAGUCUUGACAAUGAGUCUAUAGCACAAAACAGUACCCUUCACCUGGCUGGUUGACCUGGCUGCCUCAGGAGCUGCCUUCACCGCAUACAUGACUGCUCACAUGUAACCAACACAGGGAAUUGUAGGGGAAUCUCACGAAUACGAAAUCCCGCUUUUCAAGAGUCCCAGUGUCAAUAAACGCUCUGUGGCUAGUGUCAAGGAUAACCCCUUGAGCUUUCAGACAUUUCUGUUCCUGCCUGGGAUUCGUCCCUUUGUUAUCCAUCCCAGACCUGAUGUUUUUCUAAGGUACUGAAACCCCCAAGUUGAUGUGUGUCCUGUGUUUUAAUGACAUUGUAUUUGUAAAGAAAUUUUGUAGUAUAAGUACCAUCUUACAGUGUUCCUGCCCCCAGCCAAUGACUAGCUAUUGGUAUGAAAAAAAAAAAAAAAAUCUUUGAAUUUUUGUAAAA